GUCGCGCAGUCGUUGGCACCGGAAGGGUUCACACUGCGUGUGAAAGGGGACAAAGGGAGCUGGAUAUAUCAACACUGCAGAAACCGAGUUCAUUUGUCAUGCAGCCCCUUUCAGCGCAGUUGUCAUGCAAACUUCCUUCUUUGAUCAGCAGAGGGUGGAGAGAGAGAAAGCCCGCAAAGCCGCGGGCCCGGACGAACGCCCUUGGCGGCUCCACGCCCCUUCCGGAAGGAGCCGCAGGGACCCGGCCUCCUGCACCUUGACCCGUCUAGACGCCGCACAAGGUUUUGUCUCGGUUUCCAAGGGCGCGGGGUGCUCUUUGACCCGCGCCCGGGGCGGAGGUGGUGGCACGGAUCCCAGCGCGCCCCGGCAGGUCCUGGAGGGAGAGGGGCUCCCGGGACGCGCGCCAGCUGUUCCCAGAGCAAGCCGAGGCCGAUGAGGGGCAACCGGGCCCUGCUGCCCCUGACAACCUCGGUGUGGACCCCGCAUAGCCUCCUCGGGAAGUCCGGAAGGCGAGGGGGGCAGCGCGACGCGGGAUGGGCAGAAGUGUGGCUUCCCCACAGAACUGAUGCGCUCUCGACGCCCCCCUCUCCUCCCAUUUUCUGUGCUUCAGCCUCUACUCAACAACUUUUAAAAAUUAUCUUUAAGUACAGCUUCUAGAUUUCUCUGUCUCUUACUGUCCACUGUCAAGCACGUUAUUUUCUCACUAGAAUUUAAGCCUGCUUUAAGCUGCAUAAAGAAUGAUGCGGCUGCGGGAAGCCGUCCCUUCACUUGUUCACUGGACCCGCGUGGGCGUGGGCGUGGGCAUGGGCAAGUGUCCUGGCUGGUUCUGUUCUUCUUGUAGGUUCCCCUGGCCCAGUCCGAGGCGUUCCUCAUCGACCUUUUGGAUAAAGUGUGUAUGCGAAUGAACGAUUACCAGCUGGAGGACGACCCAGUGACCAAGCAGAAGUAUUUCAGGAGAUAUGCUCCGAGGAAGGGAGACAAAAUAUACAAAGAAUAUAAAAAGUUCUUCUUUUAUUCUGAUGCCUUCAGACCUUUGAAAUUCGCGUGCGAAGCCAUCAUUGAAAAGUAUGAAGAUGAGAUAUUCGAACUUAUUGCCCAGGAGGCAAACCAUCUAGCUGAUAUGCUGUGCAAUGAAAAAUCAGAUCUAUGUGGCACUCCUACCAACAGCCCUGAACCCUAGGUAUGAGAGGAGUGGAGUCAGCCCAACAGGUCACUGUGUGCCUCCACAUCGUGUGACUGCCGUGAUAAGGAAGUUCAUCUUCUGUCUGCUGUUCUUGUCUCAUGCGUGAUAUUGGUUUGAAAAUCUCUUGCUUGGCAUCGUGACAAACCCCAAGUCUUCUCUUAGGUGAAGAGAAGUUUAUAAAACAGAACACCCCUUUGCAUAUUUGGAUGGAAGCUGGGUUGGCAAUAGAGCAUUAAAUCUGGCCGUGGGAAAAGGGCAAAGCUAUUUCUUGAAGUCAGUAGGAAAUUAAGGGUGGGUCUGAGCAAAUGAGCCUGACAUGUCCAUACACAGUUUGCAGUUUCAGAAGAACUCAGUUUGAUUUCUCAAAUUCUUGAUCAGCCACAAAUUCAAGGUAUUCAGUUGUAACAAAUGCCGUGGGCUGGUUAUUCCAAAAGGUUCUGUGUGGUGGUUUUAAAGCCACCCCUCUCAGUCAGGAAUGGGACUUACAGAUCUGGAAACUCUUAUAUUUUAGAACUAAGAUUCGAUAGAACCGAUAAAAGAGUGAAUACGUCGCACAGUCGACUGGCCAUCAUAUCAGAGUUUACUGGCCCUGAGUUCAGAUGAUUCCAAAGGCUAUCACAUAGUGGGUUUCAAAAAAUUCGGCACCGAACACGUUUUUGUCUUGCUUGAGUCUCUCUUGGUUUGUUUUCCCCUCACUGAUCAUAGUGUAUAAAUUUUCCUACUGGCUGAUUUGUCACUCUUUUAUGGGACUUUUAUUUAUGUAUUUAUUUUUGGAUGUGGAGGGAUAUUAACCUUUACCACACUUACUGUAACAAAAUGUAAUAACAGUUUCUCCUGGGUGUUCUCAUUGUCUCUGCUAAAUUUGCAUUCAGUGGAAUUGAACUUUAAUUAUUCAGCAUGUGUGGGUACAGGUUACACCUGUUUAAUUAAAGAAAUUGUCACCACUGUCAUUGAAACUUGCAUGAAUAACAGGCAAUCGUUUUACCAGAAGAGCUAAAAUGGUUGUUUAUAAAACCAUCCAGAAAAGACACUAUUUAGGUCAUGAACUGGGCUCCUUGGCCAGAAUAAUCUUUAUAUUUGCAAAAUUUUACCAACAUAAAAGGAAGAGAUUUCUAUUUUUUUCCUUCCCCUUAGUCUUAAGUCUUAAAUGUCACUUGUUUAUCUGGGAAUCUGAGAAAAUCUGUGCUUUUGCAAAGUGUCUGUGGUUAGUUGUAUUAUAGGCCCCCUGUAACCCUGAGAUUCUGUGCUCCAAAUGGACAAGGAAGAAGAGAUACAAGGACAGGUGAUGCUACCUCCCAGUGGGGAAAGAAACAUGUUAUUUAAAGCAUAUUCUGAGCUAUAGUGGAGAUGCCACAAAACGGGAGGGGGGAACCUGGUCCUUGUAUCUUAUUUCUAUAACCUGUAAGAUUAAUCAGCAUUUGAGGUAGGAAGUCUUUUUAGCAUUGUUUUACUUAGGCUUUAUUAGGACAUGCAUCCUAGGGUCCCGUUUUGUAAGAUUUGCCUUAUGGGAACAAGGCUGAGAGGGUGCGGUUAUCAGGCUGCUCUUCUGGCACCUUUGUGCAGAUGGAGCGUCAGGCUCUCGGCAUUGGAAAUUGUCCUGGAUUUCUCACCAAGCAGGGUCUUAGAUCUUACCAGUUGUUUGGCUAACUCAUGACUCAUUUUUUUUUUAAAUUCUUUUCCAUACCAAGCUUGUUGAGCUCAUGUAAAUGCCUAUGGAUUACUGAGUUGCUGAUUAAAUCUUGGUUUGAUUGAGAAUUAGCCAGAGCCACUGUCUCUCUGCCUGUUUCUUGUGAGAUGCCUGCUUUGCUGGGAAGUAGCCAUAGGAGAGAGAAGCUGUACUGGCUGCCAUUCUCCUGACUUUAAAAUGACACCAAAUACAAAGUAAGAUGAAUAGCCAGAGAGAACCACUCAACACUAAAAGCAAGCAAAUGAAACAAGUGCCAAGCAGCAAGAUGAAAAUUUCUCAGAGUUAGCAAAAAUCAGCAUAGAUCUGGGUCAAAAAAUUAAUAACAACAACAUUAAUGUUCCUUGAAAGUCAGGGUGAGUAAUCGAAGUCAGGAAGGGGGAACUUGUGUUAGAGGAAGCGUGUAAGCCAUGCUUGAACCUGUAUUCUCACAAUCCACAUAUCAAGCUGGCCAAAACAAGAUGCUUAGCUUUGUUCUGCAAGUUGCUGUUUGCUAAGAACAAGCCAAGACUGCUGAACCCAUUUCACUGGCGAGUAGAGGGUCGAACCAAGCCAAAGUCCCAACAAGAAACACCCACCCUUUUUUGAGACAAGUCCUAAGACAUAGCCAAAGCAGGAGCUCUGACCUGUGUCUCUGCUCCUACUGUGUUAUUCUCACACAUAGUUCCAUGUAACAACAACAACAACAAAAGUUUAGCUGUGUAUCAGUCUCAAAAUUCAAAUUAUGGUAGGAUAUUGGGGGAAGUCAAUCUUGUAUAUGUUUGUUGGUCUGCUCUUAAACUUGAUAUAAACUUGUAAGCUAAUCUUAGACUUAGAAAUGUUAAAGGCCAAUCAGUAGAAUGUGGCACUAUUAGUAGGUACAUUAAAUUAUUGCAAGAAAACUAUACUUGUAA